AUGGUAGUUUACGAGCAAGGAGUACCCAUUCAGAUCGAUUGCACCCAUUCAUUUACCACGUCAGAAAAAUUCCCAACAAAAGAAGCUUUAAUGGCAUGGGUUCGUGAAGUAUGUAAAAGAAUUGGAAUGGUGUUAAUGAUUGGGGGUUCGAGUGACGGGGAUAGAGGACGUAGGACACCGUAUGUGAUUGUUCGUUGUGAGCGUGGGGGCCAUUAUGUUGGCAAGAAGGUACCAGGUGAAGAUGAUCAAAGACCGGGAAAAAGGAGCACCGGUUCAAAGAAAUGCAAUUGUCCGUUUAAAUUGAAGGGGACAAGGGAACACAAGGAUGAUGAAAAGGCUGAGUGGAAAUUGGAUGUUAGUUGUGGUAUUCACAACCACAACUUAUUCGAAAACUUGCACGGACACUCUUAUGCCGGAAGAUUAUCAAAGGAGGAUGUUUCCUUUGUUCACACUAUGAAGAAAGCAAUGGUGAAACCAAGGGCAAUUCUAAGAGCGUUGAAGCAAAAGGACCCGUCUAAUGUAACUGGUAUGAAGACAGUUUACAAUACUAUCUCUAAGUUAAAUUUCAGUGAAUUGGAUGGGAGAUCUCAAUUGCAAUCAUUGUUUGUCAAGUUGAAAGAAGAUGAAUACCUCUCGUACCAUAGAUCGAACGAGUUGAAUGCGAUUACCGACUUGUUUUGGAUCCACCCGAAAUGCAUUAAGUUGGCACAGUCGUAUCCGUACGUAUUCGUCAUCGAUUGCACGUACAAGACCAAUCGUUACGGACUCCCAUUUCUUGAGAUUGUGGGUUUUACUUGUACCAACAAGACGUUCUCAAUUGCCUUUGCUUACUUGGACCACGAAAAGACGGAAAAUUUUGAAUGGGCGUUGCGUUGUUUGAAGGAGGCCAUGACCAGUUGUCCUCGGCCUAAUUGCAUUGUAACAGAUCGAGAUUUGGGUUUAAUGAAAGCAGUGGCCAAUGUGUAUCCAUCGAGUCAUCACUUGCUGUGUCGGUGGCAUGUGAACAAGAAUAUAUUUCGAAUUAUCAAAAAUAUUUUCAUUUAA